GGCCUGGCCAAGCUUAUUGCUGAUGUGGCUCCUGGAGCCAUCAGGGAGAACGACAUCAAGUCUUACUUUGGCCGGAAGGUCGCUAUCGAUGCCUCCAUGAGCAUCUACCAGUUCCUGAUCGCCGUGAGGCAGGGAGCUGAGGUCCUGCAGAACGAGGAGGGGGAGACCACCAGCCACUUGAUGGGCAUGUUCUACAGGACCAUCCGUAUGGUGGAGAAUGGCAUCAAACCAGUUUAUGUCUUUGAUGGCAAACCCCCCCAGCUGAAAUCAGGGGAGCUGGCAAAGCGGACCGAGCGCCGGGCUGAGGCUGAGAAACAUCUGCAGGAAGCUCAGGAAGCUGGAGAGGAGAACAACAUUGAGAAGUACAGCAAGAGGUUGGUUAAGGUGACCCAGCAGCACACUGAUGAGUGUAAGAAGUUGCUGACUCUGAUGGGUAUCCCCUACGUGGAGGCACCAGGGGAGGCUGAAGCCAGUUGUGCCACCUUGGUGAAGGCUGGGAAGGUCUAUGCAGCUGCCACGGAGGACAUGGAUUGUCUGACCUUUGGCAGCCCCGUGUUGAUGAGACACCUGACUGCCAGUGAGACAAAGAAAUUACCCAUCCAGGAGUUCCACCUGAACCGUAUUCUGCAGGAUCUAGACCUGACCUGGGAACAGUUUGUGGAUCUGUGUAUCCUCCUGGGCUGUGAUUACUGCGAGAGCAUCCGCGGCAUCGGGCCCAAGCGUGCCAUCGAGCUCAUCAGGGAGCACAAAACCAUCGAGAAGAUCAUUCAGCAGCUGGACACCAAGAAAUACCCUUUGCCUGACAACUGGUUGCAUAAAGAGGCUCAGAAGCUUUUUCUAGAACCUGAUGUGAUCAACCCUGACACCGUCGAGCUGAAAUGGACCGAACCUAAGGAAGAGCAGCUCGUUGAGUUCAUGUGUGGGGAGAAACAGUUCAACGAAGAGCGGAUCCGCAACGGGGUCAAGAGGCUGAGCAAGAGCAGGCAGGGCAGCACCCAGGGCCGGCUCGAUGACUUCUUCAAGGUCACAGGUUCCAUCACCUCAGCCAAACGCAAAGAACCAGAGACCAAGGGCUCAGCAAAGAAAAAAGCCAAGACCAACAACGCUUCAGCUGCAAAGAGCAAGAAGGGGAAAUAG